UCUCGAUUGUACACUGCAGCAAGUGUUGCUAGCGUGAAGCUAACGCUAGCAAACAUAACAUAACCCCCCCACUAAAUUCGGGACUUGGUCACUGGGUUGUUCCGCUGGCUACUUAUCAGCUGGCUAAAACAGGGCAACCAUGCAGAAAUAUGAAAAACUCGAAAAAAUCGGCGAGGGCACAUACGGGACCGUAUUCAAGGCUAAAAACAGAGAAACCCACGAAAUAGUGGCCCUGAAACGAGUCCGUUUGGACGACGACGACGAGGGCGUGCCAAGCUCUGCCCUGAGAGAAAUCUGCCUGCUGAAGGAGCUCAAGCAUAAAAACAUAGUCAGGCUACACGACGUGUUGCACAGUGACAAAAAGCUAACGUUGGUCUUUGAAUAUUGUGACCAGGAUUUGAAGAAGUACUUUGACAGCUGCAAUGGAGAUUUAGACCCUGAAACAGUGAAGUCGUUCAUGUUCCAGCUGUUGAAAGGACUUGCUUUCUGUCACAGUCGCAAUGUUCUUCACAGAGAUCUAAAGCCACAGAAUCUCCUCAUCAACAGAAAUGGGGAGUUAAAGCUGGCUGACUUUGGGCUUGCUCGAGCGUUCGGCAUUCCCGUGAGGUGUUACUCAGCUGAGGUAGUGACGUUGUGGUACCGACCCCCAGACGUACUGUUUGGUGCUAAACUUUACUCUACCUCCAUCGACAUGUGGUCUGCUGGUUGCAUAUUUGCAGAGCUCGCUAAUGCCGGAAGGCCUUUAUUUCCUGGGAACGACGUGGACGACCAGUUGAAAAGAAUCUUCAGGUUGUUAGGAACGCCGACGGAAGAACAGUGGCAGACGAUGACCAAACUACCAGAUUACAAGCCAUAUCCUUUGUACCCAGCCACCACCUCACUGGUCAACGUGGUGCCCAAACUCAGUAGCACAGGUCGAGACCUACUCCAGAACCUUUUGAAGUGUAACCCGGUCCAGAGGAUCUCCGCAGAAGAAGCUUUGCAGCAUCCUUACUUCACCGACUUCUGCCCACCCUAAAUCCUUCUCCACCUCCCUGCUCAUCGUCAGCCGCCAAUCAAUCCAGUCCUCCCGUCACGCUAGCAGGUCAUUAGAGGCAGCUCCACGCAGGCCACUUCCCAUGGAAACCACUUGUGCAAAGCUGCUUUUUUCUACCACACAGUACCUACCAGACUUCACUCUUUCUCCUGGUAGAGAACGACAGCGCUGCAAACAACUUGGGUAGACUACAUAUAUAUAUUUUUUUUACAUCCAGUUUCUCUUCUAAAAGAAAUAAUGCUAAACCACAUAUGAAACGUCACUUCUCGUAAAACUUGCGUCAUCUAACUCAUCUUUACAGUGUCUCCAUGACAAUUUAGGGCAGAGAACUCUGCUGCCCCACAGCAGCGGCGAAAGGACAGGGAGAGUUGGCCAAGUCAACGUGGCCAUUGUCUAUUCCUUAUUUUUACUGUUAUUCCCUCAAAGUGGCCAGUAGCUUUUAUUUACUCAACUGCAGAGAGUACCAGCCACUUAUUCGGAGUAUCGGAGGGCGCCUAUAUACAGCUACAGAAACAAUUGAAGACACCACUGAUACAAAUCCUAAUCCUCAGUUUCACUGAUUUUUCUCUGUAGUGGUAUAUGUUAAAGUAAAAUGAAUAUUAUUGUCUUAUUCAAUCUAUAUAUAUAUUUGGGGAAAUACUUCACCUGAUUCCAAAAAGCAGUAUCACAAAAUGAGUCAAGUGGGUACCUUGUUGUGUAAAAAUGCAGCUUUACACAUUGCACACCGGUUGCAUUUGUCUUAGCAGUUCCAAGUAUAUUCUGUACAGGACCCAAUUUAAAAAAAAAAAAAAAAAAACUAACCAUAAGUUUGGUCUUGUACCCACAACACGGCACCGCUCCUUAUUGGUUCGUUGUGCUCUAAAUAUCUGCUUUAUAAAAGUUUCAUGAGUGCUGAGUUGUGCCCUUCGGUGUGUGCUGACGAAAUGGAGUGAAGAAAGAUCUGUUUAUGUAAUGUAACGUGGUCCCUCUGGAGGCAUGUUGGCAACAAUCCUCCAUUAUUGACAUGAGCCGGCUAACACUGCAGAUUUAAUGCGAUAUACAUUCAGAGUUGUUCCCAACGUGUGGGCCACUAAUGACUGAUAAAUGCUUUUAGAAGUAAUAAAUACUGUUGGACUGCUAGCGUCACUUUUUCUGGGCAGCUACUGCAGUCACGUGCCACUCCCAACUUCAUCAAAAACAUUUAGAAUUUGACACAAAAAAAAACCCACUAUAAGCAAGUAUGAAAGCUAUAUUUUAUCGCUCUUGAGCAAUAAAAGCAAAAAAAAACGUGCUCCUGUCCGGCCACCAGUUUCACGAUUGUAUGACAAUAAUAAUAGCAUGAAAAGCUAAUUUAUGAUUUUGUAUAUGUCCCACCUUUUAUAUUUGUCUUUGCACACUUUUUUUUUUUGGUUUUUAAACAAAACAACAUUGUUCAACAUUUUUGUUGAUAAGAGUUUUGAACACUGACAUUAUUGCAGCUGGUUUUCAAUAAAUGGGCCAACACAAUUCUAAUAGUGUCACAGUGGACCAUAAAUAUUGAUACAUUGUUUUUAUAUAUACAUACACAUACAUCUUUUAGUGGUAAUGGCGGGUGAGUAAGUCCUCUGGGGGCUUUACGAAAUUGAUUAAACAUAAUGUGACAUUUGAACAAAUGUUUAUUAUUACUGAAACUAUUAAGUCUUAGUGGGUUCUGUUUUUAUUUGGGCUUUUUAUAACAGUUCCAUCACUGAGGUUUUAUUUAAUUUAAAAUUGCAUGUCGGGUCGGAUCAAAUGCUCCAGCGGGCCCCCACAAGGCCCAUGAGCCGUACUUUACGCACCCCUGAUCUCUGACACGCUUUAAACAGAAAUUGGACAAGUGUCAUGUGAUUUCUUGCACCAGUAGCCUUUUUGUUUCUUUUCUAAACACGCUUCUUCAACUACACUCUGAUUAUAUCGUUCGUUGUGAUCGUUACGGCGAAAGCCUUCAAAGCUAAGUUGUAUUCAGAGCAGCUAUCGGUUCUUUUUGUUAGCUAGUGAUGCAGAAAUAUGGUUGCAUGUAUUUAUUAAUGCUGGAAUGUGAAGCUUGGUUUCUAACGUUGGAUUGAUUUCAUACUACUGUGCUCUGUAGCAUUCAGCCGCAGGCUCUGUGUACAAUUGAACGUGUGGAAGUGGAUUAAGUUAUGAAAAGUCUGCAAUUGUUUUCUGUGAAGUUUCAGCUGUACAAUUCUUUGAUAGCUUUUGGUUUUUCCAUUUCAAAAUGAAGAGUGGAUUUUCUGCACUUUUUGUUUUUUUCUAAUUUACUUUUCUUGGUAGAAGCCAAUAAGAUUGAGUGUUCAGUAAAGUGGACGUUAAUACGC